AUGGAGGACGCUGCGAUCCAAAGGAAGGAAGCGGAAAGUCUGUGCUUCCCACGUCGCGGCUGACCAAGUCUCCUGUAACAAAACUCGUGCAGGCAUAUGGUGGGGCAACCCAGGCGUCCCUGGAGCCACUAAGGACCCUGACGGGGGCCUGGGGGCGGGGUCUGAGCCAGCCUUCCAGCCGCCGGGUCUUGAGGUCUCCACCGCUCCUUGGCUGUCAGUUUCUGCCUCCAAUUCCUUCCAGUCCCCAGCAUGCCCGGUCCGACUCCCAGUGGCACUAAUGUGGGCUCGUCAGGGCGCUCUCCCAGCAAAGCAGUGGCCGCCCGGGCGGCCGGAUCCACGGUGCGGCAGAGAAAAAAUGCUAGCUGUGGAACAAGGAGCGCAGGUCGCACGACCUCGGCAGGCACGGGGGGCAUGUGGCGAUUCUACACAGAAGACUCCCCUGGGCUCAAGGUUGGCCCUGUUCCAGUAUUGGUUAUGAGUCUUCUGUUCAUCGCUUCUGUAUUUAUGUUGCACAUUUGGGGCAAGUACACUCGAUCAUAGAUUCGGCUACAUCCAUCUGUCUGUCAUCUGAAGAAGAAGGAAAAAAACCCAACAUAUCUUGGACCAAAAACAUAGUGAUUUUCUGUUUGUGAGAAAGAAAUAUUCUGUAAGCUUAUUGUUUUACAGGGAACUUAACAAGAAUUGGUUAUAAGGAAUCAGUUUUUUCUAUGGCUAAUAAACUUUUUAAUUCAUUUAUA